CGGUAUGUGUGUGUGUAAGUAUUAAUCCUGCGAAAACGGCCAAACGAGUUUGGGAAUGGGAAUGGGAAUGGAGAUGGAAAUGGGAAUGGGAAUGGGAUGAAUGGGAAUACGAUAGCAAGAAAGUGAUGGUACGUCUACACCACGCAAUAACAAUCCAAACACUCAUCACCUCUCUCCUUCUUCUUCUUCUUCUUUUUUCUCUUCAACAGUGAAAUUUAAUGCCAAUCCAAACAUAGCAUCUGCAAUUUCAACUGCAAAAAUCAAACAAAGGGUUCUCUUUGCGGUGCAUGUGAUCGGCGAGGCUUUGAUUCUCACUUACUCACUCACUCAUUACAAUCUGACUUUUCAUUUAUUGAGCUUGAUUUUCUACUUUCAUGCUUUUCUUUUUAUGGAUAUCAUAUAAAUAUAUGUAUUCAAUUGGUUGGUGGAUAUGGUAAUUUCGGAGAAGGAUGAAACAGUAGUGGCUUUUAAUGGGUUAAUUUAAUUUUUGUAUUUAUUUUCCUAAAAUGCCUAAUGAAACAUAAAAUCCAGUCUUUCUCUCUCUCUCUCUCUCUCUCUCUCUCUCUCUCUCUCUCUCUCUCUCUCUCUCUCUCUCUCUCUGAUUCUUAUGAUUAGGUGUGUGAACUGUGAAGGUUGUUAUUUUCGAUUUUCAUUAACUUAAUAAGAAGAGAUUUGUUGGUUUGUUGAAUUUUUGACCGAUUUAAGGGAUUUUUUAACAUUGGUGUAAUAGAGGCCGUGGUGGGUCUGCUUCAAAAACCGGCUUUGAUAGAUUGCCCUACUGAAAACUUGCUUCUACUGGACUCUGAUAAUUAGUAAUAAGUGAAGAGAGAGAGACACUAAAAUGGGAAAUGGGAAACGCCUGCCAUCUUUACUGGGGCUGAGUUUGAUUGUGUUUUCUGCGAAUGAUGGGACUUGUUAGGUACCGGAGUGAGAAAGUAAUGGCAGAGAUAUGUAUAACCCAUUUUGUGGACCUUGGGAUUUAUGUAACCAGCUUUUUAAGUGUUUGGCUAUCAUCAAGCAAAGAGGUGUUUUUGUAGAGGUAUCUUUUGAGCUUGGUGAAUUCUCUUCUAAAGGGUAUUUUACAACUUUCGAUUCUGAGAGCAGUUUCACAAGGGGAUGGUUAAGGCAAUAUUUAUGGGCUUCCGAGGAAUCUUCCAAUGGGAUGAUGCUUUGUUGAUCAAUUUUCUUAUUACAUUUCUUGGCCUUCGUCUCCAUAGCUUGAGUUGUGAAUUGGGGCAGAUCUGAACUGGUAUUUGGUAUUUGCCUCCUAUUUAUGUUUUUCCUCUGAACCAGAUAUGGCCAUUGAUUACAUAUUGUGAAUUUUAAGUUUUUUGGAGAAUAGUAGGUGAAAUCAAUUUAUCCAACUUCUUUUAUCAGCCAUGGAGUGGAAUUCGAAACCUUCCUUGUUGUGGGACUUGGAGAACCUUUUUGAAUUCGACACAAAGGCAACUGAAAAUCCAAAGAAGCUACAAUUAACAGGCUGCAAUUUCGAAGGAGAUCGAGGAAUUAGCUCUGGAUCUCUCCAUUCACCUGGGGAUGGUGGGGGGAGUGCAGGUUCUGGCUCUGAUUUGGGGCAUGCUUCAUCAAGGAGCUCUAUUUCGGCUUCCAUCAAUUCUUCUUCAAUUGGGGAAAGCAAGACAUCCAAAUUCACUCUUGAUGGUUUUGAACCUUUUUCAAACGAGUUGAUGAGUAAAAAUGAAGCAAACAAAGCUCAACAACAUGGAUCUUCCCCGACACCUGAUAUUUCCACUGGUUCUGGUGAAGCGUUGCUCAGUCUAAAGUUGGGGAAGAGGAUGUACUUCAAAGACAUUUGUUCAGAAAAUAAUGUCAAACACUCUUCCCAUUCUGAAGUGUCGCCAUCUGCUGCAACAGUGAAGAGAAAUAAGUCCAGCUGCCAGGGUAACCUUUCCCCACCUCGCUGCCAAGUUGAAGGCUGUAACCUGGAUCUUUCAUCUGCUAAAGAUUACCAUAGGAAGCAUAGAAUUUGUGAAAACCAUUCCAAAUCUCCAAGGGUCAUAGUAGGUGGUGUGGAACGUCGGUUUUGCCAGCAGUGCAGCAGGUUCCAUGGUCUGUCUGAAUUUGAUGAGAAAAAAAGAAGCUGCCGCAGGCGUCUCUCUGAUCACAAUGCAAGGCGCCGUAAGCCUCAGCCAGAAGCGGUCCGGUUAAAUCCAGCGAGACUUUCUUCACUGUAUGAUGAGACACAGAAGAUGAGUCUUGUGUUUGACCAGCGGCUUUAUUCAAGGCAUGCAAAUGUAGCAUGGGAUGGCCCUGAUAGUUCCAAAUUCGGGCACACAAGGGAGUAUUUGUCGAGGCCUGCAAAAUCAGGAGCCGCAGCUGGACAGCUUCUUUUGCCCAACAAUGGUCAAAUGCCUAACAGUAUUACCAUGCUUUAUCAAGAUCCCAGUCGACUAACACCAAAUAAAGGCACAGCAACUGAGGUUCACCACACAGGCUUUGAAGAAACUGCCAUAUCUUCUGACCUGAACACAUCUCAGGAUCUUCAUCGUGCUCUCUCUCUUCUGUCAACUAGUUCGUGGGGUUCACGCGAGACAAAACCUGUUUCCCUUGAUACUCUCAACAACACUACAAACAAUAGCAGCAUGGUUCAAAAUGCAGUGCAUCCAAUUAGCCAAGGCUUACCCAUUGCUUCAGAGUACUGGCAAACUCAACACCACCAACCCACCAUUGAUGCUGCACCAUCACCUUUCUCACAUCAUCAGCGUAGUAAUGGCAGCAGCCAGUUUCAAGAUCUCCAUUUGUUCAAAGCUCCCACUGAGUCUGGAUUUUAUUCCUACCAGUUCAAUUAAACGUCUUCCUUCACCUAUCAAAACUUUCUAGUCGUACUUCCGUUUGUAGUCUAAUAAGGCCAAUGAUUUUUCAUGCUUUAUUCCUACCGUACAUAUAUCCUUACUCUUCUCUGCUCGUCGCCGUUUUCAAAAUAGUUCUGUGGUUUUUGUUGUUGUCCCUCCAACUUUUUCUUGCCAAGGCAUUAAUCUUUAUCACCCGGUGAAUUUGUCUUGCAAGUUAUGUUGCAUUGCAUUUAAGUUUUCUACCGUACUUGAGUAAUAGCAUUUAGUAUGCUCAUUAAUGUUACGAACCUAUUUAUUUCUUUUGUAAUUGCAUUUAUGUACUAGGGCCAAAUGGGUGAACAUGGCUUUACACUGCCUAAGUUGCCAAAUUUAACUUUGUAGUUGAGAUUAUCAAUGACAAUUGUUCAUUGUUGCCUUC